AUGGUGCAACGCUCUGACGUCAACUAUUUCGGCGCUGGCCCCGCGCCCCUCCCCACCGCCGUCCUCGAGAAGGCAUCGCAAGCGCUGCUCAACUACCAGGACAAAGGCCUUGGCCUUUGCGAGAUCUCCCACCGCUCGCCAGAGGCCAACGCCAUCCUUGCCGAGACCAAGCAGGCCCUGAGCGACCUGCUCGAGAUCCCCCAUGACUACGACAUCCUCUUCCUCCAGAGCGGCGGCAGCGGCGAGUUCAGUGCGACCGUCUACAAUCUUGUGUCGAUAUGGGUAGAGAAGAAGCGCGCCGAGAUUGCCCAACAAGUCGGAGACAACAAGGACGAGGUGCUGACGAGGCUCCGAAAGGUUGUGGACGACGAGCUCAAACUCGACUACCUCGUCACAGGCUCCUGGUCGCUCAAGGCUUCGCAGGAAGCUGCACGCCUGGUAGGCGCCAAGCACGUCAACGUUGCAGUAGACGCUCGCAAGGCCAAUGAUGGCAAGUUUGGCAAGAUCCCAUCCGAGGACCAGUGGAACCUCACCCCGCCCUCAUCGGGCGGUCCUGCCUUUGUCUACUUCUGUGACAACGAGACUGUCGACGGCGUCGAGUUUCCUUCUUUUCCCAAGAGCCUCCAAGGUGAAGAUGCGCCCAUUGUCGUUGCUGACAUGUCUUCCAACUUCAUUUCCCGCAAGGUGGACGUGAACAAGUACGGCGUCAUCUUCGGUGGCGCCCAGAAGAACAUUGGCAACACAGGUAUCGCCAUUGCCAUCCUCCGCAAGUCCCUGCUUCCUCCCCAGUCGCCCUACGCUUCGCCAGAUUUGCUGAGGGAGCUCAACCUCGCAGUGGGACCUAUCGUCCUGGAUUACCCCACAAUAGCAAAGAACAACUCGCUGUACAACACCCUGCCCAUCUUCGACGUCUGGGUCGCUGGUCAGGUGAUGAAAGGACUGGUCGACUCCUACGGCGCCAAACGCAUCAGUGGGCAGGAAGAAAUCUCGGACGAAAAGGCCAACCUCAUCUAUGGGGUGCUUGACAAGUGCUCUGACGUCUACCGUGUUGUGCCAGACAAAUCUGCGCGUAGCAGAAUGAACAUCUGCUUCAGGGUCGCUGGUGGGGAUGCAGACAAGGAGAAGGCAUUCCUUGCUGGUGCCGAAAAGAAGGGCCUGCUGGGUCUAAAGGGUCAUCGCAGCGUUGGGGGCAUUCGCGCCAGCAAUUACAACGCCGUUUCCCUCGACGGUGCAAAGCUCCUUGCUUCCUACAUGGAAGAGUAUGCCAAAUCUGCGUAG